AUGCCGAUGCCGAUGCUUAUGCUUAUGCUUCGGCUUUGGUUGAGUAUGGAAUUUGGUAAGAACGUCAAUGGGGAAUCUCAAGCUUCUGUCUCGCCCUCGUGGGCCGCCACUUUGCGCGUACCAGCCAUGUCUGCUGGUGCUUGUAUUGUUGUAGUCACGCUCUUGGCUUUCUUGUCCGCCAUUACGAGAUUGAUGGUUUCGCGAACUAUGGCCGUUGGAGUUCCUGGUGCCGUGUCGACGUCGCGGCUGUGGUUUAGGUGCGCUAAAGCAGUUGCCCAUACUUGUGAGUCAAAGGACAAAUACGAGGAUACAAUCGCAGGCCCCUUUAGCUAG